AUUAAAGCUGCUCUUCUCUGCAGCAGAGCAGCUGCAGCGAUGGCCGAGAAGGAGGAAGUCAGUUACGCUUCAGUUGUAUUCAAAAUUAACAAUCAAAAUGCUCCUGAAGCUAAAAAGGAGGAGGAAACUGUGUACGAUGAAGUCAAGGUGAAAAACGAAACAGCGAAACAAUCAGAAGAAACUGCUGACACAAACGCAGGAUUUUUGGAAGAGAAGAAACCCAACCGCAGACGUCGCAGCUAUAAGCGCCUGGCUUGUUGUUUGGGGAUCCUCUGUGGCAUUUUGCUUUUGGGCAUCAUAGGAGUCUGUGCAUACAUUGCGACAGUAAGUCAGGAGGACGAGCUGAAGCAGUUAAGAGAAUCCCAAAAGACUCUGCUGGCUGAAAUUCGCAACCUGACAAACCACACCAGCAAACUCAGCUCAGACUAUGAGAACCUGAAGAGGGACUACAGCAGUCUGAGUGUCCAGCUGGAAAACCUGACUCAAAACUAUACUGUCCUAGAAAACAAGACCUCAAACCUGACUGAGGAAAACCAGGACCUGGAGAAACAAAACCAGGAGCUGGAGACAGAGAGGAACAACUUAACGGCACAAAUACACGACAUGAUGACAAAAGACAACGUCAGCCGAGCUCAGUGGAGCAUCGAUGCCUACUGCCCCCUGAAGAAUAACGAGAGACGGUGCAAACCUUGUCAGGAUUCCUGGCAACACACCAAGCCCAGCUGCUAUUUGUAUUAUAAUAUGGUCUCUGGUAAAGGAAAAACCUGGAAAGAAGCUCAAGAAAACUGCACAAACAGUAUUUCCUCUUUGGCUGUUAUACACAAUGAAGACGAACAGGAUGCGAUCAGUGAACACAGUUAUGACAGUUCAGAAACUAAUGGAUACUGGAUCGGCCUGAAAGCUGAAGGCGGGACAUGGAAGUGGAUCGAUGGAAAUGAUCUGGUUAACAACUUCUGGGAAGGACCAGAACCAGCUGCUGCUGAUGGUCAAUGUGCAGUUUCUGUUAAGAAGAAAGGAUGGAUAUCAACGCACUGCGAUAAAAGACAAAAAUGGAUGUGCAGAAAGAAAGCUUUAUCUGUUUAAACACUGCAGUCGCUCUGAAGAAGUUUUCUGAAUAUUAUGUAUGAUAAUAUCUGUUUGAUUAUAAAUAUCACACUAUAAAGACUUUUCCUUCAAUGUUCAAUUCAACUUUUCAAAUCUGUGUGUGUCUAAAAAAACAAAAAUUUAGAUGUAAGGUUUUAUUUAGAUUUUGGAUUCUGUAGAUAAAGUGUGAUGCAGCAUUUAGUAAAAUAUAAUAACUCCCCUGAAUGGGUGCUAAACUGUUAAUUAUUAAUAAGUUUGAAUGUGUUUUUCUUUUGCUUUAUUAGAGAUUUACUGCUUAUAAUCUGAAAAUCAGCAGACGAUGAAAGAGACUAACAGGAAUACUCAGCAUCAGUCUGUUUCCACGAAUAUUCUCAGUAAACAAUAUUACGUUGCACAACUGAAGGUGUUUAGUGUUUUGUAUCUAGAAGCAAAGUAAUAUUUUUGGCCAUUAAGUCGAAUAAAAAUUCUGCCAUA